AAAAUAGAAAGAAAUUCAUCGUCAUAACCAUUCUUUCUGGCGCCCCAUUAAAUAAAUCAUCAGAGGAUAUCGAGUGGCAGCGCAAACUCUGAAUCACACAGACCAACACCUUGCGUUAUGACAUCUGACUGCUGUUGCACACCGUUUACAAAUAUAUGCUCGUGCUUUCUUCUCUUGCUCGGACUACUCUGCUGCACAGGCAGUCUAAGGGAAGGCACAAAAUCGGAUAAAGAGCGUACUCCGGGAAGCCAGACAGUUGAGUUGAAGCAGGUGGUGUUUGUCAUCCAGAGCCAGAGGAACGUACGCCACUCCCAGUGGGCCCAGACGCGGCGGAAAGACCUACUGCAGCAGGCCACCAGCCUUCAGCAGGAUCCUCCUGUUGUGUUGCUACUGCACGAGCUCUCUGACUACGAUGGAAACUGGAGCAUUCUGCCUGCCUUACCUUAUUUCUCUACUACGUAUGGGAAGAGCUGCUCCUGGAUUUUUUUCAUUGAGGAGGUGACAGUGGUGAACGCCACAAAGCUGCUGCGGGUGCUGGCGCGGUUUGAUGCUGGUAAGGAAUGGUUCCUUGGCAGCCCUCUCCAUGACGACGAGUCAACAAUCAUCCACCACUACGCUUUCUUUGAAGACCCCUCCUCUUUCAAGUACCCGGACUUCACCGCUGGCUGGGGCUUAAGCUGCACGUUGCUAUACAGGCUUGCAGAGCGGGUGAACACAGAGUCGCUCAAGUCAGACUUCACCAUUGACCUUAAACAUGAGAUUGCCCUCUACAUUUGGCAAGAGGGGAAAGGCCCGACGCUGACUCCCAUCCCUGAGUUCUGUGGCCAAGUCCUCCACUCAGCUGCCAGUGAGCACUGUGCCACAGUCGUCACCAGUUUGCCUACCUGCGGAGAAGCCGUGAAAAAAGAGGACAUCUUUGUUGCAGUGAAGACUUGCAAGAAGUUCCACGCAGACAGAGUGCCUGUUGUAAAGCAGACUUGGGCUAAAGAUGCUUCUCACCUGGAGUACUACAGUGAUGCUGCAGACCCAUAUAUACCUACUAUUGACUUGGGUGUGCCCAACACAGAGAGAGGGCACUGUGGGAAGACUUUUGCCAUCUUGAAACACUUCCUGGACAAAGUCAGCCCAGAGUUUCCCUGGCUGGUCAUAGUGGACGAUGACACACUGAUCAGCCUGUCAAGGCUCAGGGGUCUUCUCAGCUGUUACGAUCCCAAGGAGGCUGUCUGCCUGGGGGAGCGCUACGGUUAUGGACUGGUCCAGAACGGCUACAGCUACAUCACAGGAGGCGGAGGGAUGGUGCUGAGCAGAGCUGCAGUGCACAGGGUUCUCUCGGGUGGCUGUCGAUGCUACAGCGAUGAUGCGCCUGACGAUAUGGUACUGGGCAUGUGCCUGAGCUCGCUACACAUUCCUGUCACACACAGUCCUCUCUUCCACCAGGCUCGGCCGGAUGACUACCCGAAGCAGUUCCUGGCCAGAGAGAAACACAUCUCCUUCCACAAACACUGGAACAUAGACCCCGUGCAGGUGUACAGGCAGUGGCUCAUAGACACUAGAGUUGAGGAGCAGGGCAGGGAAGCAGUGUCUCACUCACACACACACAUUAGGGAAGACUUGUGAGAAUGAGAGAUUUCCACACACACACAUUAGGGAAGGCUUGUGAGAGGGACAAAUUCCCCCACACACACAUUAGGGAAGACUUGUGAGAGGAAGAGAUUCCCAUACACACAUUAGGGAAGACUUGUUGUGAGACUGAGAGAUUCCCACACACACACAUUAGAGAAGACUUGUGUUUACUGUAAGAGAAAUGUGUGUGUGUGUGUGAUAGAGACAGAGAGACUAGGGAAGCCCUCACCCAGAGCUGUGUAAGAGU